AUGUCCGCUCUCCCCAGUUCACUUUGCGUUCACGUAGUUACCUACAAUCUUAACAAACAACUCUUGUGCGAAAGUCUCGAAAGUCUACUCGUUCCGUCUCCAGAAGCUUCAAGUCGGACACCAGACAUAGUUGCCAUAGGAUUUCAGGAGCUAGCUCCAUAUCCGCAAGCGUUUCUCGGUGAAUCCACUCACAUACUCAAUCACUACACGCACAUUAUAUCUCGCACACUCAAGUCAGCCACCAAUGAAUCAUUCACCCAAAUCGUUAGAACAUCUCUGAUCGGCGUAGCGUUAUUCAUUUUCGCAAGAGAUUCGACAUGCACACCAUUUGUAAAGAUUACCGAAGUAAAUACUGUCGGAUUAGGAUGGUUAUGGAUGGGUGAUAAAGCAGCGGUCGGAGCAAGGGUACUCAUUGCAGAGGACGGGGAUGGGGAGGUGGGAGCAGUGUCAAUGUGCUUUGUAACCGCUCAUUUGGCGGCGCAUAAUCGUAAUUUUCAAUUGAGGAACAAGCAAUUCAAAGAGGUGUGCAAUAGGUUGGUGUUCUCGUCAACUAAAUACGAUGAUACGUCUAUGGAGACGUUUCAUGUGAGGGAUAGCUCGUACUUGUCCACUUCAUCUUCGGUAUUUUCAGACGACAGGAGAGAAAAUUUGAGGAAAUUGACUAUAUAUGAUAACGAUUACACUUUCUUUUUUGGUGAUCUUAACUAUCGGAUUUUAUUAUCUCAUCCGACUCUUCCAACGAUAUCUGUUCCUGAUAUCUUGACGAUGAUGCGAAAUAAUCAUAUGGAUCAAUUACGUGAAUAUGAUCAAUUGGCGAUUGCGCACGGAGAAGAGAAGACACUGAAUAAUUUCACCGAGUCGCCGAUUUUAUUCCCUCCCACAUACAAACUGUAUCGAGAAACCAAUGACUAUAAUGUCCUAUCGCGCAUUCCCGGAUGGUGUGAUCGUAUAUUCAGUCUCCAGAAUUGUUCUUCAACGACAGACGACAAGUGUCUGGUAGUUGAAUGUUAUUCCUCGCAUGCAGAAUAUUCAUCCUCCGAUCAUAAACCAGUCUCUGCGACGGUCAAGGUUUCUACCUCAUCGGUUUCCCACGAGCGAAUCUACGACUGGGAUGAAACUGAUUCGUACUGGCGGAUUAAACAAAAGAUAGGCAUGUUUGCCGAUCGAAUAGUGGGAAUAGUGUGGUGGUCAUUCGGUACUGGACCCGGUUUUGGCAUUACAUUGUUAAUAAGCACAAUUACGGGUUAUUG